GCGCCGCCCGCGUUCUGGACGCGACUUCCACGACGAUGGACACCUCCGCCGCCAUCCAGGAGCCGUUCGACCUCAUCAGGCUCUCCCUCAGUGAGCGUGUCUUUGUGAAACUGCGAGGAGACCGUGAGCUGUCUGGCAUUCUUCAUGCAUAUGAUGGACACAUGAACCUGAUUCUGAGUGAUGUCGAGGAAACGAUUCUCAUUGUGGAUCAGAUAGAUGGUGCUGGGGAGGGCCAGCAAACUGUCAAUAUGGCAAAGCGCAAGAUGGAAAUGCUGUUUGUGCGUGGUGACGGCGUCAUCUUGGUCUCUCCUCCCUCACGAUAG